AUGGCCGACUCCGUGGAUCGAGUCUUUGUCCACGCCCUCAAUACCGUCAAGAAGAUACCCAAGACGGGCGCGUCACGGCCGCCGCCAUCGGACCGCCUGCGCCUCUAUGGCCUCUACAAGCAGGCCAUGGAGGGCGAUGUCGACGGAGUCAUGGAGCAGCCCAUACCCGUGCCGGGACUGACGGCGGAUGAGCUGCAAAGGGAACGAGACAAGUGGCACGCUUGGAACUCCCAAAAGGGACUGACCCGCACCGAGGCCAAGCGGAGAUAUGUCGAGGCGCUCAUCGAGACGAUGCAUCGCUACGCCACUACGUCAGACGCCACCGAGCUCGUGGCCGAACUCGAAUUCGUCUGGAAUCAGAUCAAGCACAACGCCCCCAGCUCCUCCAGCUCGUCCCCCCAAGCAGGCGGCUCUGCCAGCGCAACGCGCCGCUUUCAACAGCCACUGAGCGGCACUGAAGGCCCGAUGAAGGUGCUCAGCCCGAUGAGCGAGCACGACGAGGCCGAGUUGCGGUCGCAGCAACAGAUGGGGCACGAGGACGACGCGCCGACGGACGUGGAGAGAAGCAGCAGCCGCUGGCAGAAAAAGAUGGAGCGCGCCAUGACGAACCUGUCGGCCGAGGUUGCGGCGCUGCGGGAGCAGAUCUCGACGGGGCGGGAGUGGAGGUCGAAGAAAGAGCGCAGCUUCCCGGCCCGGUUCGGGUGGCUGGCGUGGCUCAUGAUGAAGCAUCUGGUCGUCGACGGCGUCCUUCUGGCUCUGAUAUUGCUGUGGAUGCGGAGACGCAAAGACAGGCGGCUAGAGGACCUGGUGCGGACGGCGCUCAAGAUUGGCAGAGAGUACGUUGGCAAGGUGCUCCCCUCGAGGUGA